AUGGAGGCCAGUGAGCUUGUUGUGAGGGCACAGGCAGAACAGCAACUACUGCAACAUAUCCCGCACGAAAAAUUGGCUGGUGAUUUUCCAGAAAGUCUAGUCUUCGAUUAUGCACAUUGGCUCAACUUGGAGAAUGGCAUACUCGAGUUCCGCACUCUUGGACAGAAAUGGAAGCCACAUAGAAGCAACUGGCACCUGUCGUUUGGAGGUACAGACGACGCGACAUCGAGCAUGACCCAGGGCCAUCAAACAUUGAUUGAUACCCGUAGCUCACUUUUUCAACGGUUGGCAGAGGUUUUCAAAGCGUUGGAUGCUCCUGGGCACAUCCAUGUGGUGCAAACUGGGAAUGAUGCCGACAGAGUAGUUGAGAUCUACUUGGUUAGACUUCGUCUGAAAUUCUUCAUUACCCGGAAUGGUAGCCUGGAGUCUCAGGAACUCAAUGCAACAGUUGACCGAAACCAAAAUAUUGGGUGUCUUUAUGGACUCCAGAGCAAGCUUGUCCUUCUGGACACGAGCGGGCAAGAUUGCCGUACCGUUUUGAUACCAUAUGGGGGCAUUCAGCUAUUCAAGUCUGGACACCAAACUACCGUGUCUAUUGAAUUACCGAAAGAGCGGCGCCCGAAAUAUUUCCACUACUCGUUUGAUCGUCAUCUCCAAGUGCUGCGCGGGUCACACGACAUGCUAGAAUCUUUAUACCUGGCUUACAUGCACGCAGUGACGAGCUAUGUUCUCCCUGAUCCCGCCACGGGGCGAUCAGGGACAGCAGAGGCCAUCCGGAUCUUGCGACAGGCAUGGUUAAAAACCUCGUUCCCCCUCGGCACAGAGGUCGUUGCGCUCUUGGAGCGGAUCGCAGCUCUUACCCCGCAGCGUCGCUACUAUCCCAGCCACUUGAAGUCUAUGCAAACCGUCAUCUGGAACAGUGAACUUGGACAGCUAGCCCAACAUGAUGACUUCCGAGCCCUUGUUCAAGAAAUCGUGGAGCAUGCAAGCAGAUUUGGUAUAUUCCAUGGAGUGAGCGAUGCCGAGCGGGAUGCAACGGUGCAGUGUUAUAAAAAUCGCGGGGACCAUCAUCUCCUUGAAAGAGCCCGUUUUCGCCAUUUAAACUUCCGCUGCUCUGAAUUUGGGGGGACUCCGGUGUGUCAGAUGCCAGAACCAACAUUGUAUGCCUCCCGCGACCGCGACAUCCGGAGUGAUCGAAGUCUCAGAGUUUACAAAGUUGCCACCCUUGUGAGAAACUGGCGAUCAUAUGUACCACACUGUCAUGCACUUCUCGAAAGUGUUGCAAGUUGGAAAUGCGUGCGGCCAUCCGGGUCUUCAGUACGAGACCUUAGCUGCACUGAACUCUUGCAACUGUCAUUUCAAGACGCAUGGGGCUCUCUGUAUGAGCUUUGCCGGUCCAGCAACCGGGUACGAGACUCAUACAGCCUCAUGUCUCUUUUUUGCACGAUUGCAUUUGCCGGAAAAGAGGAACGCCAUAUCUACCCACUUCUGGCAGUCGCAUUUUCGGGCCAGUUCGAAGAUCUCCCAGUGCCUGGUAACCAGAACCCACAACGAAUCCUUGACUUACAACUCGGUGAAGACAUUGAUCGUUCAAAAGUCGAGGCUGCGAUUGAAAGAGAUUACAGUCAGUUUAAACCCCCUUUUUCGAGCGCAGCAUCGAAAAGACAGAAGAAGGAGGCGAGAGAGCUCAAAGCAGCAUACGAUCUGCAGAAAGAAGCGGACAUCGCCUUAUGCUUGGAAGCAAUAAGAGGUCAAUGGCCCUGCGAAGCACCCCAGCUACCCGAAAUUCCGCGGAUGAAUCAGAGAGGAGUCUCACAGGCCUGUACAGUUCUUUGUACUAAAUGGUACCAUAAUCAUCAGUUCUUCGCCUUUCUUCGGCUGGUGCAAAGCCGACUGAAUGCCGUGCAAGACGAAGGGAACGAGCUCAAUGUUGAGGCCCCGCCCUCACCAACACGUGAUUCGUUCAGUGCGGCCAUCCGCAUUUCGCCGCCUUCUCUUUUGGAUAUACUUUCUUCCUCCAGUCCAAUUACCCUUCCGGCGGGAAGCCCGCCCCUCAAGUACUCUCGAUACCGCACCCCGCAAUGUUAUAACUUCAGCUUGAAUUCAGAACUUCGCUUGCUGAUAGAGACUUUCCGAAAUGAUCCAGACUCGUGCCAGAGGGAACUUGGCGAAGGCCUUGAGGAAAGCUUGGAAGCUCUCGAAGGGUCUGAAUUGCCUUGCUCCUCAGGGUCGAUGCCGGUGGGCCGAACUGUCCUUGUUCAAUAUCGUACCCAUCUAGAAAGCCAGCGAGAUAUCAUCUGGAAGGGGAUUACACAAUGUUUGACUGCUACCGAAACCUGUUGGGAAGAGGUUGCUGGAAUGGCUCUCCGGCCAAAUAUUACUGUGCUCUCCCUACUGUCUUUUCUUACAGUUGAUCGAUGGCAACUGGUCCCGGAAGCGUGGAGAUUUAGCCUCUCCGCCUUUGCGAGAAGCAUUGCGUCUCUACGCCGGUGUGACCGUCUUCUGGCUUGCUUUGACCGGACCGAUGUUGAUGGCUUUUUUAAGGAAGCAGAGAAUGUCGGCGGGGAAGGAUGGGAUGAUCAUCUGCAGCCUGACUGGCUACUAUUUGAAGUUGAGAAUAAUCUCACUAUCCGGAAACAGCAGUCAGACGUGGCUCUUAAAAUGGUCAAACCUGACCUGCCAGGAAACGCGGUCCUGCAACUGAACAUGGGUGAGGGGAAAACAUCGGUGAUAACACCAAUGACAGCGUCCACACUUGCUGAUGGCACGCAAUUACUCCGAAUCUUUGUCUUGAAGCCCCUCCUGCGGCAGAGUGUUAACCUCCUCUCCCAGCGCCUUGGCGGAAUGUUAAACCGACGCAUCUAUCACAUACCGUUUUCAAGAGACACGCCUCUAGACGAGGCGUUGGUGCAUCGACUGUGGGAAAUAUACCUUGAUUGUCAGAAGCAACGAGGUAUUCUGAUAGUUUUGCCGGAACAAGUCCUAUCAUACCGCCUUGUCGGCUUAGACUUGGUGAACAGAAAUCCUGCUCUGGCACAUCAGGCGAUUGAACUCGAAAAAUGGCUGCAAUCCAACUGUCGGAACCUCAUCGAUGAGAGCGAUGAAGUCCUUGAUCCCAAAUUCCAGUUGGUGUAUACGGUUGGCAGUCAGCAGACAAUGGAUGGGCACAGCGAUCGAUGGGAAAUAACUCAGGCCUUGCUUGGGUUGGUAGAGAAACAAGCCGAGAAGUUACAUCUGCAAGCCCCGGGCUGUCUGGACAUUGAACGCAGCGGUGCCCGCUACCCAAUCUUUCACUUCCUGACCGCUAAGUCGGCUGACACAAUUAUUGAGAAAGUCGUGGAGGCCAUUGGUAAAGAAGGUCUACCGGGCGUUCCGAUCAAUCAGUGGACUCGGCGGGUUCGCCGGAGCGCAUUGGACUUCAUCCGCUUUGCCGACACUACCAACGGGUGUAGGGACGUCUUGCGUGAUACCUUCGAAGGCGGCGUCUUCCUACGUAAGUUGCUAGUCUUGCGCGGUCUCCUGGCUCAUCACAUCUUGAAGUUUGCACUAGCAGGAAAGCGUUGGCUAGUUGAUUACGGCCUUCAUCCCUACCGUUGCCUAAUGGCAGUUCCAUUCCGGGCCAAGGGCAUCCCUUCAGAGAACGCAGAGUUUGGUCAUCCAGACGUUGCUAUCUCCUUGACGUGCCUGAGCUACUAUUACCAAGGGCUCACCGCCGAGCAAGUGCGACAUUGCUUUGCACUGCUAGGGAAGGAAAACGAUCCUUCGGCUGAAUACCGGAACUGGAUUUCCACCCGUUUGGAUAGCCUCCCCUCAGCGCUGAGGGUGAUGACAGGGGUAAAUUUAGAAGAUGCACGGGCUUUCCGCGAGACCCUUUAUCCCCAUCUACAGCACCAAAAGGGUAUUAUAGACUUCUACCUCUCACAGGUGGUAUUUCCAAGAGAGGCAAAAGAAUUUCCAGAGAAACUCUGCGCUUCCGCCUGGGAUCUGCCUUCGCGGGCAAAUCAACCACUCACAACUGGAUUCAGUGGGACGAACGACAAUCGGCUGCUCCUCCCGCGAUCGACUCCUCAGCGCGAUCUUCCGCAUCUACUUCUCACGAACGCCAUGGUUCUCGGCUAUAUUUUACAGGAAGAAAAUCGUGCUUGUAUAUUAGCACAGGAUGAAAGGGGCUCUCAACUUCCUGCAUAUCAACUGGUUGAUCUUAUUCAGAGGCAGGAUCCCCCAGUACGAGUAAUUAUUGAUGUCGGAGCGCAGAUCCUGGAGUCUAGGAAUCAACAUGUUGCCCAACAUUGGCUUUCUCUGGCCGCAGUCAAUGAUGCCGAUGCAGCUGUCUUUUACGAUGAAGAUGACGAAGCCUCCGUCAUUGACCGUGAAGGGCACAUUGAACGGCUCUUAUGCUCGCCGUUCCGGCAAAGAAUGCAUAGGUGUCUUGUGUUCUUGGAUCAACAGCAUGCGCGCGGUGUUGAUCUAAAACUUCCUUCGACAUACCGUGCGGCCGUUACGAUUGGGCCUCGAUUGACCAAAGACAGACUUGUCCAAGGUAAGUAUUGUCCUUUGUUUAAUAAGAGUCGUAUUCCUCUGACACAGUGCAAAGCAUGUAACCGAAUGCGAGGUCUUGGAAAUGGUCAGUCUGUGGUGUUUUUCAUUCCCCCCGAGGUCACCCACAGCAUGCAAGAAGGAGAUGAUCGAAUGACCUCGCUCGAUGUCGUCCGGUGGUCUCUCAAGCAAACCUGUGAUACUCUAAAAAGCCUGAGACCGCUCUGGGCCUCGCAGGGUUUGCAAUAUCAUAAGAGGAUGAAGCUGUGGGAUAUCCUUAUUGAGGGUGGUGCACCCGCUCAAGAUAUCAUCACGAACAUUCAAGAGCCCGAAGCCCAGACUCUGUCUCAGCUGUAUGAUCCAUGGGACACGCCAAGGGUCUCAAGUCUCGGUGAAUACAUCGAUCGAGACGAUCUCGUUGUACGCGAACUUCUCAAGACGCGGUCGUCUACCAGCAGCGGAAAUGCAGGAACAUCCGCGCUACACGAAGAGCAAGAACGUCAGAUCACCCAUGAGGUGCAAAGAGAGCAGCAAGUAUGUCGCCCUCCAAUGAGCUCUCCUCUCACUCAUCAUCUGCACGAAGAUAUCCGACACUUUGUGAAGCAUGGUAGUUUCCCAGGUCACAGUUCAUCGGCUGUUAGUUUGGCGUUUGAAAGCCUUCGUCAGACCUCUGCAGGAAUUUUCAAUUUCCCACAAUGCCUAGGGUCUCAAUUAUAUGCGUCAGACGAUUUUAUUAAAACCGUCCAGCGCGUCAAGGGUGCUGUGGAUGACCAAUUUUUGAAACCUGUGCACUGGGCUCUAUCUAAUGUUUACAAUUCUGACUUGUUGCUCCUGAGUCAAUAUGAAGCCAAUGAGCUUCUACCUGAGGUGAGGGGGUCACAAAAGACCAAGCUGCACGUCUACUCUCCGAGGACUACCAGAGCUAUGCGAUCUUUCGGCGAUCUAGCUUUCCUCACUGCUGGUGAAGGAUAUUCCGGCCAGCAGUGUGGCUAUGAAACAAUCCGGGACUUGGAAUUAUUUUCAGGGAGCCUUUAUUUUGAGACUUUCCCGGCAUAUGAAAGUUUCCGCCACUUUCUAGGCUUGGUCACGGGCUGUUGUAAUGAUAUUCCAGAAUGCCGAGUCUCCACAGAUGGAUUUGUUGAUGAAGAAACGCGACAACUGGUUGGCUGGCCCACACAAUCACCGUUCCAAUACAACCCCUUGCCCUUUCUAAGUUCACUGUUCAAUCUUAGAAGCAAAGGGCACGGUUAUCCCCAGACCCACGUUGGUAUGAUCAUAGGAGUCAGACCACUGACAGCGGAUCAUUUUUAA